AUGGCCGAUUCCUCGAGCACCGCUCCAGCGACGCACUCGCAGCCAUCUCGCAAAGGCAAAAAGGCUUGGCGCAAGAAUGUCGACAUCUCCGAAGUCCAGCAAGGCCUCGACACAGUCCGCGACGAAGUGAUCAAAGGCGGUGUCAUUGCAGAAAAGGAUGCCGACCAGCUCUUUGCGACCGACCUACAAGGCGACGCCGAAAUUGAGAAGAAGCAUCGGCCUAAGAAGCUUCUGAAGGCAGACGAGAUCUUGGCGCAGAGAAGUGCAGUUCCUGGAUUGGAGGGACGGAAGAGGAAAGCUGCAGAUACCGAUGUCGCGAUCCCUGGGAAGAAGCAGAAGAAUGGCGAAUAUGUGUCACAUCGAGAGCUGCAAAGGCUGCGGAACGUUGCGGAUGGUGCCAGUGUGGGACGCCUGGCGGAUGAUGGAGUAGAGUAUGAUCCUUGGGGAGAGCCCGAGAAGACCGAAUAUGAGCAGUACGACUUUCUGGAAGCACCAAAGGACAGGACCCUGCCGAAAACACUGAAGCAAGCACCGGUACCUUUGACAGUCGACGGACGUCCGCUUGCACACGUACGAAAACCGGAAGCAGGCAAGUCGUACAAUCCUUUGGUCGACGACUGGUCCGCCUUGCUUCAGCGAGAAGGUGCCGAGGCUGUAGAAGCAGAGAAAAAGCGCCUUGCUGCAGAAGCCGAAAUUGCAGAACGGGAACGAAGGGCCGAAGAGGAAGCUGCCAAGGUUGAGAAACAAGAAAAGGAAGAAUACGCCACUGAUUACGAGAGUGCGUGGGAGAGCGAGUGGGAUGGCAUUCAUUCUGAGGCUGAACAAGAGGGCCAUACGCAGAAGCAGCAGAAACGAAAAACACCCGCGGAACGGAACAAAGUCAAAGCACGCAAGGAACGCGAGGCGAGGGAGAAGUGGGAGCGGAAGCAGAAGGAGCGGGAGGCGCAAGAGGCGCGCAUCAAGCAGAUUGCCAAGGAGGUGUCCGCAAAAGACAAGCAGCUUCGGCCUGGGAUGCAACAGUCCGCGGCAGACUUUUCGUCCGACUCAGACGAGAACGAACAUCAGACACGUCUACAGAAGAGGCGGUUCGGCAAGCUGCCAAUACCGGAGGCGCCUGUGGAGGUCACGUUGCCGGAAGACCUGCAGGACUCACUACGAAGACUGAAGCCGGAAGGGAAUUUGCUGACCGACCGGUAUCGAAACUUGCUUAUCAACGGCAAGCUCGAGGUGAGGAAGAAGUUGGGACAGGUCAAGAAGAAGCAGACCUUCCGCGCGGAGAAGUGGACCUACAAGGACUGGAAGCUCAAAUAA